CACCUGGUCCCAUCGAGUCGUGCGUUGAUCAAGCGAAAACAAAACCCCGCCCUCUUUCACUCGCUCCACCAAUCAUAGCCUUGCUGGCUGCAUUUUGUUUUCUUUAAGCUUCCGCCUCACGCCUCCGGGCUGAAAACUCUGGAGCAAUGCGCUAGUUGCUGUGCUGUAGUCUGUACAAGGGUCGGUGGGAGGGGUCUUCGGUCGGCGCAUGCUCAGAUGCAUUCUCCCGUGUUCAAAUUGUGCGUCCUGAGGUAGGACGUCACGUCCAUUCAGGUCUUGGCGGAAGCGCAUGCUCUGUUCAUUGGUUGCCGGUUAGUUGUUGUAGUUACGCCUGGAAACGAAACUGGAGCUGUGGAUUAGAUAAUGGGAUAAUAACAAUAAAGAAAUGACCCCGAACGCAUUAAUACAAAAAUAAUCACAUAACAGAGUAGAACAAAGACUUACCUGAGCUGGUUAGAGAUGCCUGCACCCAUAACCUCUAAAAGCUGACACAAAGCAGAUUGUAUCAGGGGGCUGUGGCCUCUACAUAGUGGAAAUGCCAACCCUGAUCCGGGAUAAAGAGGAUUCAGAAUCAUCCUCUGAAGAUGAGCAAGAGGAUCACCCUUGCAUAGCUUGGAGUGGGAGCAGUAGGAAAAUCCCAAUCCUGGUUUUCCACGCAGAAGCAAUAGUGACCAAAGAUGGCAAUAUCCGAUCUGUUGGAGAACGGUAUAAUUUGGCUUACAAGAUAGUCCGAACAGAGAGCCGCCUGGUUCGCAGUAUUCUUACUGUUCAUGGAUUCCAUGAGGUCCAUCCAAACAGCAAUGAUUUUAACCUGAUGUGGACAGGAUCUCACCUCAAGCCUUACCUCCUUCGCAACCUCCAGGACUUUCAGAAGGUCAACCACUUUCCCAGGUCGUAUGAACUGACACGAAAAGACAGGCUUUAUAAAAACAUACAACGCAUGCAGCAAACCCAUGGGUUUAAAAAUUUUCACAUUGUCCCACAGACGUUUGUACUUCCGUCUGAAUACCAGGAGUUCUGUAGUGCCUAUUCUAAAGAUAAGGGACCAUGGAUUAUAAAGCCUGUGGCUUCAUCAAGAGGUCGUGGGAUUUAUCUUGUCAGCAAUCCAAACCAGAUUCCUCUGGAUGAAAACAUUCUUGUUUCCCGUUACAUCAGCAAUCCAUUACUGAUUGAUGAUUUCAAGUUUGAUGUCCGGUUAUAUGUACUUGUAACUUCCUAUGAACCACUGGUCAUCUAUCUGUAUGAAGAAGGGCUUGCAAGGUUUGCUACAGUUAAGUAUGACCGAGCUACAAAGAACAUCAAGAACCAAUUCAUGCACCUAACAAACUACAGUGUUAACAAAAAGAGCAGCGACUACGUCAGUUGUGAUGAUCCGGAAGUGGAGGACUAUGGGAACAAAUGGAGCAUGAGUGCCAUGCUGAGGUACUUGAAGCAAGAAGGCAAAGACACAACAUCACUGAUGAGCCAGAUUGAAGACCUUGUCAUUAAGGCAUUAUUGAGUGCUGAAAUGCAGAUCGCUACAGCCUGUAAAAUGUUUGUUCCAUACCGGAACAACUGCUUUGAGCUGUAUGGCUUUGAUGUCCUUAUUGAUACCAAUCUCAAACCUUGGCUUUUGGAAGUGAACCUUUCUCCUUCUUUGGCAUGUGAUGCUCCUUUGGAUCUGAAGAUAAAAGCCAGUAUGAUUUCAGACAUGUUUACUUUAGUGGGCUUUGUUUGUCAAGAUCCUUUGCAAAAACAUCUUAGAACUGGUAGAGUCGCCCUUGAACCCAACUCACGAUACCAGGCCCAGAAAGCCCAGCGACCUUUUUCUGCACAGCAGAGUACAUCAAACACCAAAUUGCAACAGCGACCCUCCUCAGCUAGUGAGGCUGACACCAAUGGGCUGAAGGAGCCGCGGGCUGGAAAACACAAUGGAAGCACUCUUGGGCUCACGACAGAUGAGCUGAAAGUCCUUCGUCGCAUAAAGGAGGAGCAUGAAAGAAGAGGAGGAUUUAUUCGGAUUUUCCCAUCCGCAGAGACCUGGGAGCUGUAUGGUGGCUAUCUGGAGUACAAGACCUCAAUGAAUUACAUGCUGGCAACAAGACUCUUCUCAGACAAAUCAAGUAAAGCAGCAGUCGCUUCAAGAUCACGGAGUGGUUUGAACGGACACGUCGUAGUGAGAGCGACCAUGUUUCACGCGGAAGCUCAGCAGCACGUGAUGCAAUACGAGCGGAAACUUCUCUCACUGGAGGCGCGUAAACGGAGAAGACGCCACUUUGCCCUGCGGUCAACACUCGGAAAGAAAAAAAGGUCUGUUCAGGGACACAAAGCCACGUCUCCCGAGAGUACGGACACUGAAGAAGAAGAUUCUGGAGAAGAGCAAGACGAGGAGGAUGAAGAAGAGCAGGAAAAGGAAGAAGGACCAGCUCAGGGUUCUCUACAGAAACUCCCCGUGCACAUGGAAAAACCUGUCCAGUCUCAGCUGGCUGGUGCACACUCCCCUUCUGCUGCACCUGAGAAUCCUCUCAAAGGCUCCCAGCACAAAACCGCAGACAAGACGGCCAGACCAGCACAGCCAAAGCCCAGAAUUAACCUCCUGCACAUCCUGCAGCAGGGGUGGAACCUCAGCAAAGUCCAGGCCCGGAUCGCUUUUUCCUCCUACCUUCACAGAGUUCAGAUGAGACUUCUGGCAGAGAGCAAAGGAAAUGACAGCUCAGCCUGGCCAGAGAGGGAUGAUGAGCAAAUGGAGCUGGUGGUUCGAUUCCUGAAGCGAGCUGCCAGCAACCUCCAGCAGGGCUUGAAGAUGGUGUUGCCAAGUCGGAGACUCCCCCUCCCUGAUCGGCGCUGCAUCCUCUCCCAGCAGCUUGGGGAGUUUAUCCACUGCUACAACAAGGAGACAGAGCAGAUGGUAAAAAAAAUGGAGAAGCUAAAAGAUGAGGAACACUGCAUAAACCCUGAUGUAUUCCAGGAGUUUGUCACUGGCGCCAGUGAAAGUGAUCUGGAAGAAGUCCUCACAUAUUACACACACAAAAACAAAUCCGCAAGUGUUUUUCUGGGGACAGGAUGCAAGAGUGCCAAACCUGGCAGCAGCAAGACCUCUGUUGAAGAGGCUGGAAAUAAGAGUCAAAAGGCGGUCAAUGUGUCAAAGGAGGAGGAGUGGAGUGCCUCAGGGUCUUCGGGAUCUGCUGUUAACCCAAGUGCUUCACAGCUGAAGAGCGCCGAGUCUCAGCUGUCCAGAUCGCCCCCAGCAGCGUUGGACUGUAACCACAUACACAUCCAGCCCUGCGCUCCCUGUUCAGUGCCUCCCUCUAGCCAGCCCCCACUGCUCGCACCCUCUUCCUCUCAGAACAUGGGUGCCUCUUCCCCCUCAGCCACCUUGCCCACUGCGUCCUGGCUGGUUAACAGGGCCAGGUCUGCUACGGUGUCCACACAGCACGGUUCCGUCUCUCAACCUUUGAAGAAUAGCAUGUCCAGCAACUGCAGCAAUCAGGGCCACAUCUCCGUGUCCUCUGUGCCCAGCGCAGUCCAGAUUUACAGCCAGAAACUUUCCCGACCGAUCUCGGCGCGGAAUGCUUCUCAUCAGAGCAAUCCGAAUAGGUCUCGUCCGGGGUCUGCAUUAAUUUCCAAAGAGCCUGACGCUCCCUCCAAUCAGAAGGCUAUUGCCACAGCACUGCAGAGACUGGCUGAGAAACAGGCAGAGCGACAGUACUCUGCCUCGAGCCACAUCAGCCUUCUCACUCAGCAUUUGAGCAACCUUAACCUCGCAAGUGGUGCUUCAGGCCGAGGAAGCUUUGCCUUGAAUCCUGGAGUCCGUCCAGGUGUGGUCACUCCAGGGCCUCUGAGAGCUGUCCGUUCGGACACCACUCUCACCAGCGGGUUGAGCUCCUUAAAAGAUGAUGACAGCACAUGGCAAGGAGAAACAGAACAUGCAUACAGCAUGGUCACAGGGGUCUCACCACAGCAAAGAUACCAGCCUACCACCGGCAGCUACCAACUCCAGUUUGCAAUCCAGCAACUCCAGCAACAGAAGCUACAAUCCCGCCAAUUGCUGGACCACAGCCGAGCACGGCACCAGGCAAUCCUGGCACCACAGCCUGCACCCCCUAGUCCUGCAGCACUGACGUCGCUGUCGACCGGGGCAUCAAGUCCGUGGCAGGGGGGGCUCCACAGCAGCUCUGCCUGGGCUGCCCACCCACCGAGGCUGAAGCCGCCUCCUGUCCUGGCCCCAAAACCACCCAUCAACAGGGAGGGCAUCACCAGGAAAACAGCCACUCAGCGCCUCGUCAAACUGACGUCUACAGAGGGCCAAGCCAAUGGAACUUCAGCCAGUGCUCACCAUGUUGUCUAUGAGCAAGUCUCUGGGAACUCAGGUCAUCCUGUUUUUAACAGGCUGUUUCAAAAUCAAGCCUUGAACAACAGAUGAAAGGAUCUGUCUGUGCAGCUUGGCUGAGAGGCUCAUGCUCAUUGGAGAACUGAAGCUUGGAGGUCCACUGACUAUUGCAUCUGUCAGAGGAGGCAGAAGCCAACCUAAACAACCAGGAUCAUGACCGUACCUCUUGUACUGCGGAAACCAGGAGUAGUCCUGGAAAUGAAGACGUUACUUUCUUACUCACUUGCACUACUAGCACUGCAGGAACUAAUGGCAUAAGACUUCACCAUAUCUUACCAAAACCAUUUCAGAAUAUUUUCUGAGGUUUCCUAGAAGAUACAACUGAGGUUCACUACACAGAUAUAAAAACUAUAAUUGAAAACUGAGAAUCGUACAUCUAUUAUUUCUUGUGUCAAGUGACCACCUACUUUAUUGCAGCUCCUUGCUGAUAUUGUUGAAUCGCCUUGUGCUAUGAUGCAGUGUGGUUAGAUAGUCUGAGUUUGACAGCUGAGUAAGGAAUCUUUCAGCUGGAUAGAAGCUGAUAUCUGAUGUGCUUUCCAUGCCUUUCCAAUUGCCUUUUCCCAAUGCCCCUAGCAGUUGUCUGACAGAGUUCAUACAUGUGAUUGGCAGUGUAGAAAGACUCGGCUGACAGACAUCUUUGAACAGCCGGUCCAAGGACCUUUAUGGAUACCAAUGGUCCUGCCGAAUGUGCAGUAAUUAUCCUGCCCACAUGACAGUCAUAGAGAUCUGUCUUCAGUGUCCUGAAAGCUAACAAUGGCUGUCUCUCUGAGCUGUUAGGACUGUGAGUCACAUGAUAAGACUGUGACGUUCUGUAUAUUUAAGAAAGGAUGUUUGUUGAAAACCAUAGUUUCCCAGGUUACAGGAAAUAAUCCAGGUAGUUCACACAUACAAGUACUCGUUGAUCAUUAGACCAUUUACCACUUGGGGAACAAUGAGAGGCUUUGCUUUUGAUUCUGCAAUUCUUAGUUUAAAAAUGCUCAAUGCCUUUAAUGAUGGCAACAGUUAUGACUCCUACAUCACCUUUUAUGUCAUUGAAUACUUUCAUAGUUUUCUAAAAGAUGUGAUAGCUGUAUAUUUUAUUUUUAAAUUUUAAUAUUCAAUGAAUAAGGCUUAAUUUAAGAAGUUUGAGAGCCUUUUUGAAACAAAAUAAGAAAACCAAAGCAAUAUCUUUAUAGUCCUCAUUGAAAUUUUUGAAUGUCCUAAACACAAGAGUACAUUGAAUAAGCAGACUGUUGUGAUCCUGGUACAAGCAAACAUCUUCCUAAUCCAUUUAAUGGAUGGGCUAUUUUUGGUAAUUUCAAGAAUCGCAGGCUGGCAAGAUAUUAUUGUUUUUUAUUUAUGUUUUUAUAUAAUAGAGAAUAUUUUAUAUUGUUUGAAAUGUCAUAACAGAUUUAAGGCUGCUAUUUUUAAGAUUAUAAUACUUUAGAGACAAAAGAAAAUACUCUUCCCUUUCAAGGGCAAAGCAAAGCAAGACAUUCUCAUUAAAAUUCUUUGUUCUGAAUUUAAAUGUAAUGAAAUGGUUUUGUUGUUGGUUUCAAGAGGAGCCUGUUCCUCGUGGCUCCUCCUACUAGGGUCCAUAAAUUGAUUUUUUAGUAUUUGUUUGUCAUACUAAAGAAAAUGCUUGAAAAUUGCACUUUAUAUCUUUUACUUUUAACCCUAGCAAGACACUGUGGUCUGAACUAGUCAACUACUUUUUCUGUGUAUGAAUAUAAACUAAAAAUAUUGAAAGACUACAUUUCCGAUUUUCACCUGAAAGAUGGGCAGGCCACUGGCAGACUCUACCACUUAAUCAUUGUUAUUAUGUUGCUGUUUUAAUUGGCAAAAUGUUUUGGCAAAACCUUUUUUCAUUAAAUGUUGCAAGUGAAGUGAAAGGCAAUCCAACAUCCAUUAAUAAAGAUGAGUUGCAGAUCCAUCUCCUAAAAUGUGGAAGAACAUUAAGAAAAUAAAGCUAUGAUCUCCUCUUGAUAUUAUUUCUUACAACGAUAGUUCUUUAACAUGAUUAAGAAUGAUUAAUUAAUGAUUAAUUAAGAAUAGCAAACAUGAGGUUGCCUAAUUCAGUUCCAGUUUAUGCCUUAAAAGUAUUAUGCACCCAGGUUUCCAUAUUCUUUCCCUAUAAAGCUCCGGUCACUGGCCGUGCUCAUGUAUUGUUGUGUUAUACAACGUCAUGACUUUACAAACUUGCUGUACACAUUGAAAUGAAGUGUUUGUCUAAUAGUUUGAAGAAUGUCCUCCUUAGACAUAUUGUAGAUUUUCAUGUGCAGAGUCACUCAGACACUCAGGACACAGCAUUGUCCUCGAGUCUACUGAGCUGCAGGGUACAGACCAUAAUGUUGGCAAUUGCACUCCUUCAUCCACCUGUGUAAAUAUUAAUAUUUUAAUGUUUUAAGACUCGUUCCUGAUCUCCUCUGUUGCUCUUCUUUGGUUGGUUUGACGUGGGUCUAUCCAGAAAUGAAUGAUUUCCCCCAGAGCAAGAAUUGCCAUUUUUAACCCAGGCUAAAGAAAUUAUUUUACAAACUGUUGUGAACCUGUUUUACAACAAAUGUAAAUUGUGUACAUCCAUGCAUUUAUAGUACAUACAAGUGGAUUUUGUGAUUACAACUAUUUUUCAUAAUAAAGUUCUUUUAAAUAAAUCUAUGCAAAGACUUUGCUGAAAUACAUGUUUACAGAAUUUUACUGGGAGUCUUACAUGUAAUACCAACAUGUCUUUUUAAUAUUUCUGUUUGCUUAAAAUUUGCACUUACAGAGCUUCAACUUAAAAUGCAAAAGUUCUGUGCUGUGGACUGUGUUUAUUACAGUGGCUGACAAACAUUUUGUUUACUGACUGGAUACAGAUAUUUUAACUGUCCUAUGAGAAUAAAAUUCUUGCUUCUGUUACUCUUAUUGCUUUAGUAUUAAGCCCAUAAUCUGAUCUUUAUGAAAUUGUCUAUGUGAAUGUCUUGUGUGUCUAGACUGUAUGAGAACACUGUGAAAUUUUAAAUAAUACUUUCAGGCACAUUAAGUCUUUUUUACUUUUUACUUUUAAAUAUGUAAAACAAUAUGACUACAGUCUAGCCCCCCCCCCCCCUUAUUACUAAAACAGAACUAGAUUUUACAGUCUUGUUUGCCAGUGUAUUAGGCCUUUAGGAAUGAUGUUUAGCAGUUUUCCGAUAGCUCUGAUCUG